AUGAACAACCCGUUAGAGACGGCUAUGGAUAACAUUUUUAUCAGCUCGGCGAACAUAUUGGAUACGCUUACGUACCGGCUUUCCUCGACUGCCACCAGCGUUGCAGUUCCAAAUAAUAAUGACACCUUGAUUGCUCCAUUGGUAGAGCAACUAACGAGAGAUUACAAGGUUUUCAACCAAGUACUGGACGAUUAUGGCUUGGACUUACAAAACUGUAAACAUAUUGUUCAUAGUAUGAAGAUGAAGGCGGAAAAGGAAAGAAUAGUUAAGGAACAACGAGAGAAGGAGAAGCUUGAAGAGCAAGAGAAACUAAAAAAGCUAAAGGAACAAGAAGAAUUUGAAAAGCAAGAGAAACUUAAACUGCAGCAAGAAAAACUAAAUGAACAGAUCAGCGCUAAUCAACCAAAGGAACUUAGAAAUGAGAAAGCCAGUUCUACAAAUAAUGAUGAUUUAAUGAUGGAUUUGGAUUUAGAGAAUUUCAAAUUCGACGCCUCUGAUGGUGACCUUCUAGAUAUGGGUAUGAAUAUAAAUCUGAACUUUGGUGAUGCAUUGAACUUUCCACAGUCAAAUCCUAGUGGUCCGCUUCAACAACAAGUCUCACCCCCACAAAAACAGCAGCUGCAGGAAACGCCGCUUCAACAGAAUCAACAGAAUCAACAGAAUCAAUACCAGCCUCAACAGACUCAACAGACUCAACAAACUCAACAGACUCAACAGACUCAACAGACUCAAUAUCAACCUAAACCUCAGCAACCGCAACAGCAAUCGCCAAAUAUGCCGCAACAAUAUCAACAUCCAUCGCAAAACGCUUCUAAUGAUUAUCUGAACUUUGGAGAAGAUGCAGAACUAGCUGAUUUGAAUCUUGAUUUUUUGCAGAAUGAUAUAAAUAUUGGUGGUUCUAGUUUGAUGCAAAAUAACCAAGGGAACAAUAACAUAGGGAGUGAUGAAAAUGUUGAUGAUGCACAAAUGGAUGAACUAUUUACCCAAUUUGAUGAUAUUGUCAAUAACGGCAUUUAA